AUGGUUGUCCUCGCAGCGUCGAUAUGCACCCGCGGGGGCAAGGCAGUGCUUUCGCGUCAGUUCCGAGAAAUUGCUCGCUCCAGGAUCGAAGCUCUACUUGCAUCGUUUCCGAAAUUGGCGGACUCCGGUACACAGCACACUACUGUCGAGCAAGACAACGUCCGCUUCGUUUACCAGCCCCUCGACGAGCUAUACAUCGUUCUGAUCACAAACCGUCAAUCAAACAUCUUGCAAGACAUUGACAGCCUCCACCUCUUUGCACAAGUCACCACUAGCAUCUGUAAGAGUCUAGAUGAACGAGAAAUCUUGCGCAAUGCUUUUGAGCUUCUCAGCGCGUUUGACGAACUGGUGACACUAGGAUACCGGGAGAAUCUGUCGCUUUCGCAGAUUAAGACGUUCUUGGAGAUGGAAAGUCACGAAGAACGAAUCCAGGAGAUCAUUGAAAGGAACAAAGAGCUCGAAGCCAGCGAGGAACGCAAGAGAAAGGCCAAGCAACUGGAGAUGCAACGGAAGGAGGCAGCUCGAACCGGUCGUGCUGCAGCUCCCAGGGCCCCAUCCUACCCUGUUUACACGCCCCCUGCACGUCCCGCCGUGCCUGAUACCUAUGAUAGCUACGAAGCGGAGAAGAAGAAGUCGUUUGCCAGGCCAUUGCCAACCCGUGGAAAGGGCAUGCAGCUAGGCAAGAAAUCGAAGACUACAGAUAUCUACGAAAGAGUGCGCGGUGACUUGGGUCCUGAAGGGGAAGAGUCGACCCCCUUGGUGACUCCGCAGGCUUCCACCCCGGUCGCCGAUAAAGUGCCCUCCGCCCGUGCCUCUCUCUCCACAGACCGAGAGCCUAUCCAUGUCACCAUCGCGGAAACGAUUUCUGCUUCGCUUACUCGAGAAGGUGCCCUAAAAUCCUUCGAAGUGAAGGGUGACCUCCAGCUCCGCAUCACCGAUCCAUCGCUUACCAAGCUCAAACUCGACCUCCUGGCCAAUCCAACGCACGGCGCCCAGUUCCGCACGCACCCAAAUGUUGACAAGGCUGUAUUUAGCAACUCUUCAGCCAUCCAGUUGAAGGACACCUCCAAACGAUUCCCGGCGAAUAAUUCGAUUGGUGUUCUGCGCUGGCGUGUUACCAGCUCUGGAUCCGAUAACGUCGACAUUCUCCCCAUCUCCUUCACCGUUUGGGUGAAUAAGGGCUCAGAUUCAACAACCGUUACCGUCGAAUACGAGCUUACCGGCACGGAUACCCUUCGCGAUGUUGUCGUCACCAUCCCAUACGGUGCGGCGGAACCCGCUGUAUCGAGCUUUGACGCCGUUUACGAAGUGUCGGGAGACAGUUUGGACUGGAACAUCGGUACAGUGGACGAAAGUAACGCGUCUGGUAGCUUCGAGUUCGAAUCAGUGGGCGACGGAGACGAGAAUGAGUUUUUCCCCAUGAAUGUACGAUUCGCCAAGGCCAAUCCUUUUGUGGAGGUGGAUGUGACCGACGUUUCGUUGCUAGAGGAAGGGGAAAGUACUGGGUUCUCCAAGGAUGUGAAGACUAUUGCAGAGAGUUAUCUUAUUGAGUAA